UUUUAUAACGAGGCCAAAAAGAUGGCGGGACAACAGCCUGAACUGCGGGUAUCUAAGAUAUCUGAGGAAGAAAUAGACCAGCUUACUAUGCCAAAAGCAAUGAAAAAGUGCAGAGAAUAUAAGAUUUCUUUGGGAGAUAACAAAGAACUUGACAAAAUAAAAUGGCUUAUCAAAUUUCAUCUGUUAUGUCAAACAAAAAGACAAGCGGAAAUAAAUUUUCUUUCCGUAAGUGGAGACCAUGACAAGACACGAAGGAAAGCGUUGUCUGAUUUGUAUGAUGAAACCAUUAAUUAUGCUAGCAAUGUGAUUAAAGAUAAUGAUGAUCCAGUUAUAGAGGAGCUGAAUAAAAUGUUCCCAAAUAUUUGUGAACGUUUGGAUCAAGAGAGGAAAAAAAUGUUGAGUGAUGUAGCGCCAGUGCUUGUUUUAGGAGAAACAGGUUCUGGGAAGUCAUCGUUUAUCAAUUUAUUAUUAGGAGAGGAUAUCCUGCCAUGUUCAUUGCUAAGCAACACUCAUGUGAUCUGUGAGAUACAAUACUGUGGGAAAGAUAAAAAAUCAUGGGCUGAACUUGUAAAAGCUGGUAGCAGCAAUGAAGUUACAAAAAUUGAGGACCCUGGAGAUGGUAAAUUUACAGAGAUGUUAGCAGAGAGAAUACAGGCUUUAGAUGGCAAUAAAAGAGCAGUGUAUAGGCUUGCAAAGAUAUACCUACCAUGUGAUAUACUUAAAUCAGGUUUGAUGAUAGUUGACAGUCCCGGUAUAGGAGAGACAAAGGAAAUGACAAGCAUGGUUCUCAGUUAUAUCCUCAAUGCUGCAGCAUUUAUAUAUGUCAUUGACAGUACCAAUGCUGGAGGUAUGCAAGCUAGGGUCAAAGAGUUGGUGCAGAAAGUUUAUAGACAGGCGAUGGAGGACCAGAAACUAUGCCGUCCAGAGAGUGCCAUCUUUGUUUGCAAUAAAUGGGAUGAGGUUAGUAGUAAGGACAGGGAAGAUGUGUGGGAAGAUACACAAAGAAAAGUAAAGGAAGCCUGGCCGGAAUGUAAAGAAAAUCAGCUGAUACGGUUCUCCACUCUAGAAGCAUUGUUUAUACAACAGAAGGGAGGCCUGGCACCAAAGUUUGAGAUUAUCUUGAAGAAUAUUAAUGCAUUGGUUCCUAUAGGUCAAGAAAAUCUUGUUCUGAAAGGUUAUAGGUACUUAGAAUGGUUUAUAACAAGAAGUAUCACAUGUUUUGGUGCACAUUUGUCACAACUGAACCUGUCACAAGAGGAUAGAGAACAAAAACGGAAAGAGACAAAAGACCGACUGAAUCAGUUGAAGUCAAGGAUAUCAACUUUCUUUGAUGAACAGUUUAAAACAUUGAAAACUGAUAUAGAAAAUAUUGCUGACAACUUGAAACAUUUCAUCACUGAAAAAAAGAACCUAGCUAAAGUUUGCAAGUUUUCUGACAAAGAGCUUCCCAAGAGAAAGACUUGGAAUGAAGCAGCUGUGGAGGUGAGACACAAAGUUUACGGAAGCAUGCGCACACUGAUCAAAGAAUGGGAAUCUAAAGAAACCCAAUUCGGAAACAUAGCUAAACACAUUGAGGAAAGUAUUGGAAAGGAAUUUCCUGCCUUUGAUAAGGAAAUCUAUCAAGCUGAGAAGUUAAUGUCUCAACCGCAAAAAACACAAUCACUGGCUACUUAUGACGAUGAAAUCGAUUUGGUUCCAGAGUUUAUCCAGAAUAAAUUUGGAGGCCUAAGUCUGGGUACUAAAGUUGCUUUAGGAAUUGGACUUGCUCCUGCUCUACUUGUAGGAAUGAUUGUAAGGUUACCAGUGUUUGGAGUUCAGGCUUUUGAGAAGUUUUACUCGAAAUACAGUCUUGACAAGGACUUUAAAGAAGCUUUAGGAGAUAAUGAGAAACUCAAAGUAGUGUGUGAAAAAUAUGCUCAAAGGACUGUUGAAAACAUUACACAUAAAAUAAACAUGAGACAGAUCAUUGAGGAAGAUAUGCAGCCUCUUAUGACUUAUUUGAAACAACAACACAAUAGGAUGGAGACACAGAUUCAAUGUGACCUUGACCUUCUUAAAAAUCUUAAAGAUGAAGAUCGGAAAGAUGAAGAUGUGAGGAAAGUUUAUGAACCCAUGAACAACAAAUUUCUGAUAUUACGAGAGUGCCUGAAUCAUUUCAUGCUCAUACAUUUGCCAGCAAAAUUUGCGUCUUGGAUUGAAGAAGUUCCGUUUGCAGAUAUUCAAGUCUGCAAUGAUAAGUUGAUAUGUGAAGGGUUGGAGGCAGAGAUAUUUGAGGCAAAGUCGAAACCUAUGAAAAUAACUGAGGGCAAAGACAUUGUUUGUGUGCGAGCAGCCAAACAAGAAAUUAAAAGAAACAAGAUGAAACAGUUCUUAAAAAUUCUGGAAGCAUACAAAAUAAUUAAGAAGGAGAAUAUUGCCAAAUGUUAUGGUUUCUGGAAUCCUGGAGUUGGGAGUGGAAAACUCUACCAGAUUCUUGAACCCCUUCAGUGUAGUCUCCGACAGUAUACCACAAGAGUUGACUUCACAAAUAACAAUGACAACAAUUGUGUACGCACUAUGAUCCAGUUGGUGAAUGGCCUAGACUAUCUACAUGACAAAAAACUCAUACACUUAGAUCUUAGUAUGGACACAGUAGCGGUUGAUGCCAAUGGUCAAGUCAAGUUGACAAACAUAAGUCCAGAGGUGAGAGUAAAUCUUGAACCAGUUGUCACAGAUGGAAAAGUUUGCCUUUCCAAGUAUAUUCAUCUUGAGCCAAAAUUCUUCCAGAACAAAGAUUUGGUCAAAUACAGGGUCAGGGAUGAUAUGUAUGGGGUUGGGAUUAUAAUGUGGGAAAUGUGGGCAGGGCAGCCUGUUGUGGAAAUAGGAAGGGAGUAUGAAAUUCCUGAUGAAUAUUUUAAAGGGUCAUCAAAAGAGUCUUUAACAGAUGAACUUGAGAAAAGCGGAUCAUCUGGGAAAUUCAAAGGGAUGAGUGGCAGAGAGCAGAGAAAUUCUGGCAAAAGUAAAAAUGAAGAUAAUGACUUUGAGGUGGUUGAAGAUGAAAAAUGGUUCCAGAAAUAUCUAGAAACAUUCAGACCAAAGAAAACAGAGAAGUUUAGUGAUGAAACCGACCAGAGAUUACAUCUUUGUAAUGAAUGGUGGGGCACAAUAAUCUAUUGUCUUGAUGGGAAUUUGGAUGCAAAGAAAUGGCUGAAGAGUUGGAAAAAUUAUCCAAAUUUUCCUGAAGUGUCAAUCCAUUUCCAAGAGAAGCAUUUUUCAAGUGAUGGUAAGAACUAGAGUUAAGAGUGAACUGGUACAGAAUUCUUUAUGACCUUACAUGCAAUAACAACAUUGAAAACUGGAGCUAUCUCUGAAGGGAAUAGUUAUAAAUAGACCUAGUUAUUGUCUGGAAACCAUUUUCUAUUUUUAAUAACAGUGAUCUUGACCUUGACUCUAUCUUUACAUAAGCUUGCUAUUUACCAAGUUUGAUCAUCAUAUCUCAAUCUAACUUUAGUUAUUAACAAGAAACCAUGAAAUGGACAGAGCGAUCAACAAGCUCCUAUAUAUCCCAGAAAAUUUUGUUUAGGGAUAUAUAUAUAUUUUAUUAUUUCAUGCUUUCCAGUGUUUUAUUGUAAUAUAUCAGAUGAUUAUAUUCUGAUAAACCACUAGUGAAAUUUAUGAAAUAUAAUUUUCACUGUAGCCGGACUAUAUCUGAAUGCGGAUGAAAAGAAAAUCAUAACUAAAUGGAAUAACAGGCAGAAAUUAAUGCCGUCGUGCGUAAAUUUUGCUUCUUUAGGAAAAGAAAGUCGAUGUCAUCAUACAUCAUGUUAAAAAACGUAACAAAAUUAAAGAAAUUUAACAGACCUAUAUUUCAAAAUUGAUUAUGUGACGGCAUGAUGUGAGGACGUCACAAAGGAGAAUGCGUGACAUUACGCGGCAAAACCAGUAAAAAAAUACUUAAAAUCACUUAAAAAGCAUGAAAUAAAAAGAAAAUUUAUUUGUUUUACAUAUAAGAUUGAAAAAUAUUUCAUUCGUGAACAGCAGCUAUUAUAUUUUCACUCGUGGCUACGCCACUCGUGAAAAUAUUGCAUCUGGUGUUCACUCAGUGAAAUUAUAUUUCAAUCUUACAUGCAAAACAAACAAAUAUCCUCUAUAUCUUGUAAUAUGAGAAAAAGUUACAGUUUUUAGCUUGCCUGAGCACAUGCAGUUUAUUGCUCCAUUGAUCUUUUGGGCCUGAUGGAGAUUCAAUUUUUAUGUUUUCUUCUGUUGCCCACAAUUACUUAAAAUCACAUAUACACAGAAACUGCUUAGCCAACGUUCAGGGAAUGAAGCAAUACAAAAAAAAUAAUAAAACAACUACAUUGUAUAUUCCAUUAAGUUAUAUAUCAGUGGUUUUAUAGAGACUUGUGAUAAAAACACUGUCAGAUAUUACAAGGUCAUGAGAUAUUUGGCAUGCAGCGUUGUGGAAUGGACCUUUAUUGAGUUUGUUCAAAAAAUGACUUAGUGGUCAACAUUGCCCAGAUCUAACAAAAGUUUCAAAUACAUAAAUUAUGCCCCUGGGUGUCAAAAUUAGCCCUGCCUUUUUUUGUAGGACACUUUUUAAAGAACUUCAAUGUCUAGAGCUUACAUGUAAAUGUUCAGCAGUGGUCCUCUACUGAUGAACAAAUAAAAAUAUCCACAAGUUUACAGUUUGCCCAACAGGCCACUUAUUUUGCCAAUAAAGAUAAAUAUGUGAUACUUUUGGCAUGUUUCAUUGCCACAUGAAUUUAUUGCCAAGUGAGCCUCUACAAUGUGUCAUUGCCAUGUUAACUUGGACAAUAUUUCAUUGCAAAGUGUCAGAAUACAAUGAUUAAGUGCCAGGUGAACCUUAACAAAAAUUAUAGGAAUUAUAUCCCUGUGGUUGCACUUGGUACAAGAUCCCUGGGUCACUGUUUUCAUAGACAUUUGAAUCAUCUUUUCUGAAAACAUUAUGCCUAGAGUUUAGCUUUUUAGCAUGAAGAAUUAGGUAAUGGUCCUUUACAGGUUAUAUUAUAUAAUAUACGAGUACAACUUUCUUGGAUCUUAAAAGGCCAUGCCUUGGGUUAUUUUUGCUAUGUAAAAGCAAAAAGUUAAAUUGUUAUGUCCAGUGUACUUAUACAUUUAAAGAAAAAUGGUUAUGUUUAAAUCACAUUUAAGUUUUGGUGUUUGGUGUACAAUUCAUUUCCUCAUUAUGGUUAGCAUGUGUGCCAUUGUUUAAUUUCAAAAUUUAGCAUUGAUUUUAAGCCAUUUAUUCUGACAAAUUAAGACCAGUAUUUGACAUUUGUCCUCUAAAUAUGACCUUGACCAUUAAGGUUCAUGUUUGGUUCCUAUACCUGACAUACUAUCUCAUCAUACUCAGCCUUUGUUAAAUCAUUAUUCCAAAAUCACCCAUCAAAUGGUAGAAUUAUCGAAUAUAUUGUUUACACAGUCUGUGUUAAACCAAACUUUUACCAUUUGACCUAAGUUUUAUUCUUGGUACUUAUUCAUGAUAAUAUGUCUCAUUUUACAUUACAUUGGUGUCAAGUGAUUUCAAAAUGACAAAAAUACAACAAAUCACUAUUCUGACAGGUAACCAAAACCGGGCUACACUAACUAGGGGGAGUUUAAUAACAAGAAAAUCAUAAUUUAUUUUCAUGUGUACAAAUUAUUUAAUUUUUGUAUAACAUUUUCAUCUGUAGUGAAUAGUUUUAACAUGUCAAGUUCUAAUGGGUGCAUAUGCCCUGGUAUAACCAAUGAAUGUAAUGGCUCCCCAAGGUCACAGGAAGUCAUACUCUUCAGGGUGGAGGUACAAAUUGUCUGUGUGUCUGCUCCAACUCUGGCCACACCCACACAUAUACUGUCUUCAUCUAAUACUGAAAUAUUUAUGCAUGAUUUUUAAUACAUUCCAAAAUUUUCUAUCAAAACCAACUAUUAUCAUUUUUAAAAUCAUCUUAAAAUGUUUUUAACUAUUUUUAUGGGUGAACAUUUUUGUUAAUGUUUAUCAGUUUAUUGAUUCAUUUACAUGCAGAUAAAUUGUGACAUACAUUUUAUUGUGAAUUAUUUAAUAAUGCUUUUUGUUUUAAAAUGAAAUUAUUUUAUAUUAUUUACAUAAAAAAUAUGACAUACUCAAUGUAUGUAUUUUAUGGUAUUUACAGAGCUUGUACAUUCCAUGUGAUAAUAUAUGUAGCUUUUAUAUUGCAAUAAAGUUAAUCAACUCUA